AUGGCUCGUAUGGUGAAAGGUCGAAUAGAGAAAACAACAUUAGGAGAGGUGUGUGAAUAUAUCGAAGAAGUCGUUAGUCCAACCGAUUGUUAUUUAAAAUUAAAGAUAGAUAUGGAAAGAAUAAAGCUGUUAAAACUUGAAAUUACAAAGGAAACUAUUCGAGCUUCAAUAUGUAAUUUUCCGAAACUGAAAUUGAAGCCACACGAUGUCGUUAUCGAAGAUCCUGAUAUAAUUUUAGUAUAUCCAUCGGAAAGCCUUAAAGUAUCCAUCUUUCAUGGUUUGCAAAUCUUGAAAGCCUCUAUUCCGAAUGUUAUUGUUAAGGGCAUUCCAACAGUUACGCGAACGGUUAUCCACGUUGAUGAGGAUGCGUCAGGGAAUAAAAAAUUCAAGCUUUACGUCGAAGGGGAAGAUUUGCUUAGUGUUAUAACUACACGUGGAGUUAAGGGUAUAGGUACAAAUUCCAACCACACUACUGUUGUAGAAAAGGUACUAGGGAUUGAAGCGGCAAGGGCUACAAUUAUCAAUGAGAUUCUGUUUACGAUGGUAAACCACGGAAUGCAUCUUGAUAACCGACAUGUGAUGUUAUUAGCUGAUUUAAUGACGUUUAAGGGUGAAGUUCUCGGAAUAACUCGGUUUGGUUUAGCAAAGAUGAAAGAGAGCGUUUUAAUGUUGGCUUCUUUUGAAAACACCACGGAUCAUUUAUUCGAUGCAGCUAUUUGUGGCCAAGAAGAUCCGAUUAUUGGUACCCAACACUUGAAAUUGUUGUCAUUUCAAUAG